GCGCUGACGUUUCACUGGAACGUCGACGUCGUGCUGUGACGACGCAAAACGACCUGUUCGUGCUUUGCGACCUUCUUUUUGUUUUACCCUCAUUUGCCACGCACACAACAACAAAAACUGUCGACACAUCGAGAAAAGCGGUACUGUCACAGGCGGAAGUUUCAACGAGAGUCACCACUUGUUGUAUGUUUUCUUGUUGACUCAUUCGACGGAACUUCCUAGUCAGGCAACAACAAAAACUGUGUUUCUUCUUUUGUGUGUGUGUGACCGCCUCACAAAUUUUGUUGACGUGUUAAAUAGUGUUAGCGCAAGAAGAACGCGCGUUUCAUAGUCUCCGCUUCUGUGUUGUACCAAGUACUCACAAGAAGCAACUCCACCUCUGCUUUUCUUUACUGAUGGUUUGGUUCUUUUCAUGAUCACCACCACAGUCCUCAAGCCUCGAUAAAUGGAAACGAAAAAUAGAAGCGGGUGGGGUCUGCCGGUCAUUGUCGCCGUUGGCGUUUUCGCGUACUACUGUGCCACGCUGAAGCUAUCCGCCGCUCCGCAGCAGCGUCGGCGGGAAAUUCUCCAGCGGCUCCACGGCGGCACCUCGCCGCGCACGCUUUUAGAGGAAGGCUACACCCGCGCUGAGCUCGUCGACGCUGGUGUGCCACGCACAUCCCUCGCCCUCCUCUCCUCCCCUUCUGCUUCUCUCGCCACCGCCGAAAGCCGUGAUGGCCGGUCUGUGUCGCAACGGGAGGCGUCGCAAGGCGGACGAAGCGGGCGCCCUGCCAGCGCGGAAUGUGGUUUCUUUUCUUGGUUGUACGGCUCUCUUGUCUCCGUCGUCGGCACGAUCCAAGCGGCCUCCGAGACGAUCGUCGAGAACCUGCGCGGACGCGGCACGAGUCCGGGCACGAGAGAUGGGAAGGCCACCGGCUUCUGCGACACCGACGCUAGCGCUAAAACACCUCCUGUCCCCCCUGCGGAGCUGACAAGCAGCGGCGCCGCUCGUCCCACCUCCGUUCGUCUUGCGCCAGUCCUCCUCCGCGGCCGCGGCACCGUUGAAAAGCCCAGCGAGUCCGCUCCGUCCGAGCACAGCUGCCCUCGCGCGCCUGGUGGUGCCGUGCAGGUGCGCAUUGCCGCCCUCUCCGCCGCCGUCACGCGCGGCUACACUGAGGAGUCGUGCACCUGCCGCUACCCGUUGGAUGUCAUGCGCUUCUUACACGAGGAUGGCUCACGCCUCAGCAUCAUGGCGGAGAGCUGCGCCGCGGUGGAAAGCGACGGUGGAGGCGUCGUGACCACGGCAGCAUACGUGCAGCGCUCCCUGGCCCGCGCUCGCGCCGCCGCCGACGCGUCGAAGGCCUACUUUAAAGUGAAACUGUCAACCGCCGCCCGCAAUAUCGCGACGACAGUGAUGGAGUCAUACGUGAACGCCCACGUCGGUCCGUCGCCAGUCGUCCUCGCCUGCUUUUACCUCGUCUCCCACGGUGUGGCGUACAUCAUUCAGCUGCAGACACACACGGGCGUGUACGAGGAGCGGCUGUCUGACUUACUCUACACCGCGCAGAGCGCGCGGCUGUAUGAGCGCGACAGUAGCUCACCAUGUGGACAUAACGUCUUCCAGAUGCAAAUAGCGGGUGUCGAGAGCCGUUAUUUCCUCGACGUUCCAGUAGACCUUGUCGUGCGAGCACCAGCCCAGUCGAGUAGUUAUCGCAGCACGUUAACGUUGUCGCCGAGCAGCGGAGGCAGAAGCAGCGUUUUAUGGAACGCCAAGGUCGAAAUCCGGCCUGCGAACUCCACAGCCACUGCAUCUCUCCCUGGCGCUAGCACACUGCUACGCGACGCGCACGUGUUGAUCACGCUCACUCUGCACCACGCAGAUCACGCUCCAACCACUUUCCCUGAGCCCCUCAAGCAGGUCACCGCACGACGUGCUUCUACCGCCGAUGCGGCGACGCCCGUGGACGCCUACGCCUCCUCCUCCCUCACCCUUCUUCUGCCACCGCCGGAGCAGUUUUGUACCAAGGUGUGCGAGCACCCGCACGACCCUUUUGUCACGCUCUUCAUCGCCGCCGCCGUGUCGUCGGAGACCGACCUUUUUGAGCUGGAGCUGCGCUGCAUGAAUGACAUCCACAAGCAAGAUCUUUGCGCCUUCUUUGCCUACCUCGAGACACUCUUUUUGACGCCGAGCGGGCUGAAGCGCACGGCAAACGGGGCGGGCCAGGCGGCGUUUGCGGUGGACGGACUCGCCGUCGCCCCGCCAGAAACAAGCCUGCGUAUCGACGGCGUGCAGGUUCGCGAGGGUAGCUGGCUCGUUGCGCGGUGGCUGUACGCGGACAGCGCCGUCUUUCCGCGAGAGUUGGAGCAGUACCGUCGAACCUUCAUGGGCGAAGUGUCUGUUGGGUAG